AUGAGUUCCCAUGACGAACGUCUUAAGGCUGACGCUGCUGCUGCUGCUUCCGGUGCCGCUUCUACUGUCGUAAAUGAAACUAUCUUUGAUAAAAUCAUCAGGAAAGAGAUUCCGGCCAAGAUCGCGUACGAGGACGAACAAUGUCUUGCUUUUCACGAUGUGAAUCCACAGGCGCCUGUUCAUAUUCUUAUCAUUCCCAAGAAACACGACGGUCUCACUCAACUUGCACAUGCAGAGGAGCGCCACGAAGCCCUUCUUGGGCAUUUACUGUACACUGCCAAGCUCGUCGCAAAGCAGCAACAGCUGGACAAGGGUUUUCGUAUCGUUAUUAAUGAUGGAGAGGAUGGCUGCCAAUCCGUGUUUCACUUGCACUUGCAUGUUCUUGGUGGACGCAAACUUGGCUGGCCUCCUGGAUAA